UAGCGGUGAAAUCGCCAAAUUGUCGUCACUGAUAAUGGCUGCCAUUAUAAAAUUAAUUUAUUUGUUGACGAUUUUAUACAUAAAAAAUGCAAAAGGUGAAAUAAGUAAUCUAUUGUUAGAUGAAAAUCAGGAAAAUAUGGAUUUGGAAGUACCAAUCUCAAAUAGCAAGGAGAUUUCCGUAGUGCCUGUACAAAAUUCUAUACAAACUCAUCCAAGGAGACAUUCAAAAUCGAAAAGACGCAUGAAAAGAAGGUUCAAAUGUUAUUCGUGUGAAGCUCCAUGUCGCGAUCCGUCACAGCAUGCCCAUAUGUGCCAGAAUGCUAUACAGUGUUACAAGUCACGAAUACGCGAUGCGUUUGGUGAAGAGAGAGUUACACGCGGUUGUACAACAACCCCUGACCAGAUUCCUUUAAUCUGUAAUCAGAAUACUAUAAAUACUAUGGGUGGACCACGGAAGCGUAAUACUCAGGCUUAUAUAAAUGUUGUAUGUUGUGCAGGCGAUUAUUGCAAUGAUGGUGAAUUUCCUGAAUUACCACCGUUAAAUGCUGAAGUAACACAUUUAAGCGCUGACAGUAGCAAUUUACUAAAGAUGACAUUUGCUAUAUUGGGACCAUUCGUCAUCAUCUCAAUACUUGCCUAUAUUGCAAUAUACUUCAUUAGACGAACACAUCGUAAGCGCUUAGAAUACUCCAGGGCUAAACAAGAUCCGGAUUCCUAUUUGGUAAAUGAUGAACUAUUGCGAGUUACCAGUGCUGGAGAUAGUACCUUAAGGGAAUAUUUACAACAUUCAGUUACUUCGGGUUCGGGCUCUGGCUUGCCUUUACUUAUACAACGAACACUAGCCAAACAAGUAACACUUGUUGAGUGUAUUGGACGGGGAAAGUAUGGUGAAGUAUGGCGUGGUCACUGGCAUGGUGAAAAUAUUGCCGUGAAAAUCUUUUUCAGUCGUGACGAAGAAUCCUGGAAGCGAGAAACUGAAAUUUAUAGCACCGUGUUACUGCGUCACGAGAACAUUUUAGGUUUUAUUGGCUCAGAUAUGACUUCACGUAACUCAUGUACCCAAUUGUGGCUACUAACACAUUAUUACCCUCAUGGCUCUCUAUUCGAUCAUUUAAACCGGAACGCCUUAAGUCAUCGCGAUAUGAUUUUAAUUUGUCUUUCAAUCGCGAACGGUUUAGUUCAUUUGCACACGGAAAUAUUUGGUACUGAGGGAAAACCUGCUAUGGCUCAUCGUGAUUUAAAAUCAAAAAAUAUUUUAGUUAAACCAAACGGUACCUGUGUCAUUGCGGACUUUGGUUUAGCUGUAAUGCAUUCAAAUGUUACGGGCAAACUAGAUCUAGGCAAUAAUCCUAAAGUUGGCACAAAACGUUAUAUGGCACCGGAAAUUUUAGAAGAAAGUAUUGACAUGCAUAAUUUUGAAGCUCUAAGACGCACAGAUAUUUAUGCCUUGGGCUUAGUAUUAUGGGAAGUUUGCAGACGGACCAUAUCAUGUGGGAUUGCUGAAGAGUAUAAAGUACCAUUCUAUGAUGUCGUGCCAUCUGAUCCCAGCUUUGAGGAUAUGCGUAAGGUGGUAUGUGUGGAUAAUUACCGACCUUCGAUACCGAAUCGUUGGAGUUCAGAUCCACUUUUGGCGGGUAUGUCAAAACUUAUGAAAGAAUGCUGGCAUCAAAAUCCAAAUGUACGCCUACCUGCCUUGCGUAUUAAAAAGACUAUACAUAAAUUGGCUUCCGUAGAUGAAAAACUACGUCUAGAUUAUGAUGAAGUUUGUGUUUAAAUGACAAACAUGUUCAAUUUUCUAUAUAUUUUUUUUGGUUAAUUCAAACAUUGCGAAAGUAAUUUUUCUUAAAUGUUUAACAGUUUAUUGUAAUUUUCUAUGUUGUCGAUUCAGUCGAAAAGACUGCCAGAUUUAGAACGUUUAUGUUUUAGUUUUUACUUACUACACCAUAUUUUUGUCUAAUACAUAUCGUUACCUCCAUUUUGUAAGAUGCUAAGUAUAAAAAUAGAGUUCUGAGAUAUAUAGAUGCUUUUUGACGAUAUAUUUUUUAUACCAUAAAGAUAUAGAUAGCGGAGUCGAUAUAGCAAUGUCCAUCUGUCUGUUGAAAUCAAUUUUCCGAAGCCCACAAAUGACUUUCAUACAUGAGAAAAUCGGUUACCAAAUUUUUUCUCUCUCAAUUUUUUUAUCAAUACAUUUUUCUCCAAAAUUGUUUUUAACAAAAUUUAUUUUUAAUAUUGCGGAAAUUAUUGGCAAAAAUAGAGUUUAUCAAAAUCCUUUAAAUUCAAUUCCCAGGUACCGCCAUUUGGUUUUUAUUAGUUAGUAUUUUUCAUUAUUAUACUUAGCACGUUUUAGAAUGAAGGUAUCUAUGUACAUAUAGUACCCUUAAUAAAACAAUAGUGUAUAAUUUGUUUGCCAUUUCGAGUUUAUGCUUAUACACUAUUGUUUUAUUAAGGGGACGAUAUGUAUAUGUAUAUAUAUUUCAUAUUGACUUUCUGGUUAAAUAAUUCGAAACAGUUUGUUUUAUUUUUUUACAAAAUAGCGUUUGAAAAAUUAAACAACAUUCAGAUGCUUGAUCGUUCUUUGGUAUAUUAAAAUUGGUUUUAGCAAUCCACAGAAAUUUUCUCUUUUGUGAUUGAUAAGAUUAUAAUGUUUAUCCCAGUUCUAUUGCAGGUAUUUCAAUACAAAUGUUAAAUUGUUUGUAAUUUUUUCAGGUAUGUGGUAGAAAUUUAUUUUGAAAGCGAUACGAUUUUUUAUUUUGUCACCAAGGCUUUAAUUUCCACAUACCCGAUAAUAUUCAUACAAUUUUUAACUUAUAUUCUGUACUCCUAAUAAGUCUAAUAUUGCAUGUAUUUCGUUAAAUGUCAGUCAGCAUCCUUAUUGUGAUGCAGCUUGCCAACAGAACUAAAAUUUCGUAGAUUGUUCAGUAUUACUGAACACAUGGCGAUUUUUAUUUGCCACUGACAAAUACAUACGAAGUAAAAUUUUUAACUAAAAUAUAAUAUUUCAACUAGUAUUCUUUUCAUACCGGUGUAGAUGUAAAUUCUUUAAACGUAAUCGUUGAAAAAAGUUUUAUACAUAAAAAAACAGAGAAAUAGAAAUUAAAAUACAAUAUGCAAUUUUAUUAUACAAUAUGAAAUUAUGUUUAAGUUUAGAGUUUAUAACAUAUUUGAUAGAGGAAAAAACUAAUCAAAAAUACUUUAUUUAAAAGUAGUUCUAUUUAUAUGUAUGUAUUAUAAAUAAUAAUCGGGUUAUUAUACAGCGUUUUUUUUUUAAUUUUUGUUGCACACACAACCCUAUACUGACAAAGAAAUAUUUUGGCCUUAAAAACGUAAUUAUUGUAAUUUUUUUAAAAAAAUGGUUACAUAAAUAUGACAUUGUGCCUUUUUUCACAAAUCAACAAUGCCUUAAGAAAUAAACAAACCUUUAUUAAAAUUUAUAAAAUUAGAAACACUAAAACUUAUGCUUUAAUCAUGCUUCCAUUAUCGUAUUUUUUUUUAAUUUACAUGUUAAACUUUUCCAUCAUGUGCCAUUUUCAAAUCUAAUUUUAUUUCAAAUUAACUAAAAUCUAUUGUACUACUUACUAUAUUUUUGCUUUACUACAAACACUCUGUACUAAAACUUGAAAAUAUCUAAUUUUCAAUAUGUAUUAAACAAUAAGAUCUUUUUUUCUAAAUUAAGAUUUAUUUUUAAUACCUUAGUUAAGUAAACAUAAACAAUUAAUUAGUAAGUUAGUUUUAGUAUUAAGUUUAAAUAAAGAAAUAUAUGAAAUGUUGUAUACAAACAUUUGUACAAAACUAAAUUUUUUUGAAUGUUAAUGUAAAAAAACCAACACUUAGUAUGUAGUUAAAAUUAGUAUUAAUAAAAUAAAUAUAAAAAAUAUAUACUAUAUAUAAAUAUGUAUAUUAAAUUUAAUAAACUUAAUUAAUUAUUCAUAAUAUAAAA